UACAGCAUGUUUCUUUGCUCUGUACCUCUGUGGCUUUGAGCUCUGCUAACAGUGCCACAAGACUUGAACACUGCCUAUGCAAGCUCAAGAGAGGAAAUUGAGAUUGCUGAGUGGAGCAAGACAAAGCAAAGCAACGACUGACAGAGUUGGGCCUCAAUGGGCUUUUGCUGCACAGUUCACAACUGACCCUCACAGGACAGCAGGAGUGUUGGGAUGUGGACAGCACAGAGGGAAUCAGUCUAGCCCCAAAAUAACGACGACUCUGAGGCGAAAUCAGCAUGCGACUGGGGCCUGAGCGAGAGUUCCUCUCCAUCUCACCUCUACUGCUCCUGGCUUACGUGGUUGCUUUUGGACUGUUGGCCCACAGCGAGCAGCUCAGUUCUGUGUCCUGUCCAGGAGGAUCGUAUUUCUCCACUGGAGUGUGUGUGGAGUGCCCGGCAGGAUAUUUCUGUCUUGGCAAUGUAAGCGCACCCAGAAAAUGCCCCCCUGGAACGUUUAACCUGCAGCCAGGCAAGGCCAGCAUCGAGGACUGCCAGCCCUGUGGGCCUGGCCUGAUCAGCUCUGAAGACGGGGUGGACUGCAGACUGUGUCCUCAGGGCUGUGCCUGUGACCAUGCCAGCAGCAUUCUGUCUCUGUGCCCCUCCGGAACCUUCUCACCCGAGGGCCACUUGUCCUGCCUGCCCUGCCCCGCCGGCUCCGUGUGCCAGGCCGGCCAUCAAAGAAGGUGUGGGCCUGGCGAGGAGCCGAACGUGGAGCAGAGCGAGUGUGUUUCCUGCCCACAAGGUUCCUACGCCCCAGCGCUCUCCUCGCAGUGCAUGCCCUGUCCUACAGGUAGUUUCUGCCCCCAGGAGGGCCUGUCACAGCCUCUGCCCUGCCCGCCAGACGAGCACACCACCCAGCCUGGCCAGUCGUCAUGCCAACGCUGCAAUGGCACGUCCGGAUGCCAGGCCUCGAGGCCCGCGGCCUGGAGCAGGGCCGAGGUUCAGAGGUCACGACCCCAGCAGCCCUGCCCAGCAGGGAUGCAGCUCUCGGAGAAGGAGGGGGUGGGCUGUGUGAAGUGUCAAGUGGGGUAUUACUGCAUUGGAGGCGUGGCCAUCCGGUGUCCAGCCGGACGCUAUGGAGCCAAGGAGGGACUGCAGAGAGAGAGAGACUGCUCACCCUGUCCCGCAGGGUUCUACUGUUUGGAGGGCAGCUAUCGCAGGCCCGACUCCCAGUUCCUGUGCCCGGCGGGGUUCUACUGCGAGGAGGGAACAGCAGUACCACACGGGUCACCUUGCCCUGCCGGAACUGCUGGAGCACAACUCGGCCAGACAAGUAGAGCAGCUUGCAAGCGAUGUGUGGAGGGACGUUUCUGUCCUGCAGGUUCUGUUGGGCCAGGCCUGCCCUGUGCCAGGGGACGGUACUGCCCAGCUGGCACCCUGACAGAGAUCUUAUGCCCCCGUGGUACCUUCACUCCCCACCAGGGGGCGCUAAGAAUGAAAGACUGCUUGCGGUGUCCAGCAGGGUUCUAUUGCCCCGAGGGCACCAGUGACCCCGUGCCCUGCCAGCCGGGCUCCUUCAACCCCCUGGAUGGGCAGGACUCCGCUGACGACUGCCGGCCCUGCUACCCCGGCAAGGCCUGCACCAGAGUGGCACUGAAGGCUCCAGACGUCGACUGCAUGCCAGGCUUUGUUUGCCCUCCAGGUUCGGCGCGCCCAAACCUACCUGCCAACGCCUGCCCCCCUGGCACCCUUGGCAACCGCACCGACCUAACAGACCGCACGCAAUGUCAGCUGUGCCCCGCACGCUUCGCCUGCCUCAGAGGUACGGGUGGCAUCCAGAGGCCACCUCUCGCCUGCUUUCCCGGGCACUACUGCCCCAUUGGCAGCAUGUUCCCCACGCAGCACAAAUGCCCGCCGGGCACCUGGAGUGAGCACAGUGGGCUGGAGUCGCUGCGGGAGUGCCAGCCAUGCCCCCGGGGAUGGUACUGCCUCUCGGGCACAGGGGCACCGUCAGGGAGGUGCAGCUCUGGACACUACUGCCCUGAAGGAACCAUGUACGGCACCCAGUUCCCGUGCCCAGCGGGGACCUUCAGCACCACCAUUGGCAACGGGCAGAGAGCUGACUGCCUCAUCUGCCCCGCGGGGCAUUACUGCAAGGAGGGCACCUCCAAACCCACAGCCUGCCCCCUGACGACGUACCGGCAGCUGAGAGGGGGCCAGCGGCCCCAGGACUGCCCCCCGUGCCCCGCGGGAUACUUCUGCCCCCUGCCCGCCACCGUCCAGCCCAGAGUGUGUGGAGUGGGCAGCUACUCGGAUGAGGGCUCAGUGGAGUGCCUGCCGUGUCGGCGCGGUCACUACUGCAGCAACGAGACAACCAGCGCAGAGGUCAUGCUGAGCGUCAUGGUGUGUCCCCCCGGCUUCGUUUGCUCCCAGGGGCUCGACCGGGAGCCCCAGCGCUCCACCGUCUUCUGCCCCAUCGGAUUCUACUGUCCCGGAGGGGGCGUUAACCCUAACCCGAUUCCCUGCCCUAAUGGAACCUACAGUGGACAGCCGGGUCUGAGGGAUGAGGCCGACUGUGUCUCGUGUCCCGCUGGGAUGUACUGCUUCUCUCAGAACCAGGACCAGCCCGUCACAGAGCCAACGGGUUCCUGCCCAAACGGGCACUUCUGCCCUGCUGGCACAGGGCAUCCACUCUCAUUCCCCUGCCCGGUGGGCUCUUUCAGGAACGACUCCCUCGGCUAG